AUGACCGACGAGCGCGCAAACUGGACCGACGAGAAGGAUGCUUCCUGGAUGACCGAGAUGAUCUACCAAGUGGUAGUCCUUGGCAAACGUGCAAACAGUGGGUUCAAGAAGGAGGCGUGGCAGGCAGCAUUGAGUAAACUCAACAUCGAACACCGCGUUAACUACACGAAGGUCCAGCUCAAGGCCAGGAAUGCAGAAAUGAAGAAGCAGUAUGCUCAAGUGUCGCAAAUGCAACACUUCCUGGAAGGGAAACCAAAACGGUGGGCGUUGUGGGAGACAAAGCGCUUUCCACAGUAUCUGCACUGCCAGCAGCUCUACGACGAUCUCCCUUGCCACGGGAGAAGUGAUGCUAAUAUCGACAACGACGUCGCGGAUAUGGAUUUCAUGGACAACAUUUCUGACAACUCUGAGGCAAGUCAAGUAGAACUCAGUUCUGGAAAGCCAGCGAAGCGACGCGUGCGGGCAAGUGGCGCUGGGUUGUCAAAACGUGUCAGACCGUCGUUGGCGUCUACCAUGACUGCUCAACUUAAACAGCUUGAGGAUUACGGGCAUCAAGAAAUGUCAGUAUUUGUGAAGGCACUCAAAGACAACGUGCUACCAACGACAUCACAUGGCAUGCACGAUGCGUCUCCAUAUACGGCAUCCGAGAUGGCUUUAGAUCGACUGCAAAGUGACUUUGGCGCCAUUCUCUCACUUGACGACAUGACAAUUGCAUUUGAGGUCAUGGAAGACUUGAAAAAGGCAACCCUAUUUCUGCGCAUGAGCGGUGAAGUUUGA